CAAGGAGCACUAGGGCCUACAUUCAAAGGGCUCCCUUUCUGUGCAGGGACCAGGAAAAAAAUCACACAAUGGUAUGGUCUUGUGUUCUGUAAUCCAAUAGACUAAAAUUUUUGUCUCAGAUCUAUGUCAUUUAGUUGUUGUGUGAGUCUGGUGUGUGUGUCACCUCCCUGAGUCUCAGUGUUUGCCUAUAUGAAAUGGAGGUAACAGUGGUGCCUCCAACCUGGGGUUGCUAUGGGCUCAGUAAGCCUGUGCCCAUAAGUGAAGGAGCUGAUCCUGACACAUGUCAGGCUGGCCUGGCUCCUAGCCUAGGACCAUUCCAUCACCUUGAGAUGCUUCCUUAAAACUCUGUGUGAUUAGUAAUGAGGCAGGGUAAGAAGUGCUCAGACUCCUUCCUGUCCACCCCUCCCCACCCCUGCCUCCCUGCUCUACAAAAGGCACAAGUAAGAAGCCAUGGGAACUCCAGAGGUAGGGAAUGACUUUAAACUGAGGAGCUGGGGAGGAGGAGAUCAGGGAAGGCUUUCUGAAGGAGGAGACUUUGAAGCCAGGCCAUUGCAAUUGUCCAGGAACAAUCACCAAAAUCCCUAAAUGAAAAGCUGGAAAGGAGACAAGGAUAAACAGAGAUGGGUGAGAGGGUGGUCCAGGCAGAGGCAAUGAUUUGGGCAAAGAUAGAAAGUAAGCUGGGUGAGCCCAUGCAGCUGCAAAGAGUCAGGCAGGAGCUGCUCCUGGAAGUCAGGCCCUGGCUCCUCAUGCAGAGGCCUUCCCCAUAAGUGGAAGGAGGCCUCAGGGAGAACCAGCACCAAAGCCAGUGGUGGAACACACAGGGGGAAUAUUUCAGCACCCCGCAAAUUCCAGCUGCCUGGUAAGGUAGUGAGAUCCCCAUCACUGAUGUUAGUGAGAUCCUUGUGAGGAUUGUUAGUUUUGUAGUUUUUCCUUUAGUUUAUAGGGUUUUAAAAAUGAAGUUUUUAUUUAAACAUUAUAAAAGAAAUAAUACCUGCUCACUGGAGCUGAUUCAAACAAUCCCUCAAUGGAUGAAGUCAAAGGGAUGUUAGUUUUAGGUUCAAGCCCAAGAUGGGGCUUGGACUCAACAGUCAGUUUCCAAAAGUCCGUUCCUGCCCUGAGGUUCUCAUCUUUGGAGAUUCAGCUUCCAGAACUUUAGAGUUUCAGACUGUCAUGUGAAGACUUUGAUUCUAAGGCAACAAUUCUAAAAUUUCAAGACCAUAAAAUUCCAGCUCCAUGCUCAGAGCUUCAGAUGCAUUUAUAGAAAACAAACCACAACAAAAUGACUGAGGCCCAGAGAAGUGGAGGUACCUGCCUGAUAUCACACAGCCUGCCGGAAAGAUUUGAACCCAGGCCUAACUAAUGCAGAGCCAGGGCCACAGCCUAUGAUUCUAGGACCAAAACUCCAGAUUCAAAGAUAAUAAACUUGAAAAUGGUAGUGUGCAUUUAUUGAGCACUUACUUCCUGCCUGGCAAUUUACUUGCCUUACUAACAAGAGUCCUGUGAGGUCGGCACAGGUAUUAGCGUUUUCCAGAUGAGUAAAUCCAGGCUCCAAGACAAGUGGCUGCUGGGAUGAGGGUAGGGCACUGGCGAGUUCAACCCCGGUUGGCGCCCUAACCAUUGAGCUUUAAUACCAGUCUGUACCCCCUCAGUCUGUCAAAGGAACAUCCUGAGAUCCCCAGCAGAGAGUCCUUGACUCCAAAUCAGAGAUGAGAAAAACAGGGCGCUGGGAGAUUUCCUGAGGCCACAAAGGAUUUGGUCAAACACAAACAGGGAUUUUUCCUGCUUUAGAUAUAGUAUAAUUCAGUCUCUCCGCUCCGGGUCAAUGAGGAGAGGGCAAGCGCGAGAGGCAGUAACACAUUUCCCCGUCGGCCCAGGGACCCCCACCCCAUCCCGCCGCCCCCCAUGGCGCCCCGCUUGGCAGGUGCUCGGCUUCGCACCCCGCCGCCUCCGGGCUGCCCGAGCGCGCGAGCCUAGAGCGCGGGGGGCGAGGGGCGGGGAGCGGGGGGCGGGCAGAGGGAGGAACAAUGGCCCCCUCCCCUCCCCUGGCCGGCUGGAGGGUGGGGUCUCCCCGCCCCGCCUUCCCGCUCCUCCUCCGACAAGACGAUGAGGUAAUCGCGCCGCGGAGAGGCACGCGCAGCCGGUGCCCAGCCGGGUUGGUCCCCGCACCCCUGCCCCGCUGUCCGGCCGCCCCCCGCACCGUCCCGGCCCCGGCCGCCCGGCCCCACCAUGACAGAGCGUUGCAGCCUGUGGAGCGCCCUGUCGGCCGCCGCCUGCUGCUUCUACCGCGGCUCCUUCGUGCAGGUGCAGUUCUCCAAGGAGAAGUACAUCUUGGACUCAUCCCCAGAGAAACUGCAUAAGGAGUUGGAGGAAGAGCUCAAACUUAGCAGCACAGAUCUCCGCAGCCAUGCUUGGUACCACGGCCGCAUCCCCCGUGAGGUCUCUGAGACCCUGGUACAGCGCAACGGCGACUUCCUCAUCCGGGACUCGCUCACCAGCCUGGGUGACUAUGUGCUCACAUGCCGCUGGCGCAACCAGGCCUUGCACUUCAAGAUCAACAAAGUGGUGGUGAAGGCGGGUGAGAGCUACACCCACAUCCAAUACCUGUUCGAGCAGGAGAGCUUCGACCACGUGCCCGCCCUUGUGCGCUACCACGUGGGUAGCCGCAAGGCCGUUUCGGAGCAGAGCGGUGCCAUCAUCUACUGCCCCGUCAACCGCACUUUCCCUCUGCGCUACCUCGAGGCCACCUAUGGCCUGGGCCAGGGCAGUGGCAAAGCUGCCAGCCCUGCCAGCCCCUCAGGCCCCAAGGGCAGCCACAUGAAGCGGCGCAGCGUCACCAUGACCGACGGGCUCACUGCCGACAAGGUCACCCGCAGUGAUGGCCAUACCAGUGCGUCACUGCCCCACCCCCGGGAGUCCAUCCGCAACUGUGCCCUCAGCAUGGACCAGAUCCCAGACCUGCACUCGCCCAUGUCCCCCAUCUCCGAGAGCCCCAGCUCCCCCGCCUACAGCACCGUAACCCGUGUCCACGCCGUCCCUGGAGCCCCCUCUGCCACAGCACUGCCUGCCUCCCCUGUCACCCGCCGCUCCAGUGAACCCCAACUGUGCCCGGGAAGUGCCCCAAAGCCUCCUGGGGAGUCGGACAAGGGCUCUCAUGCCAGCCCCUCCCACAGCCUUUGCAAGGCCUCCCCAUCACCAUCUCUCAGCAGCUACAGUGAUCCGGACUCUGGUCAUUACUGCCAGCUCCAGCCUCCCGUCCAUGGCAGCCAUGAGUGGGCAGCAGUUGAGGCCUCCAGCCGGCAGGCCAAGAGCUAUGGGGAGAGGCUAAAGGACAUGUCAGACAAUGGGGCCACUGAAGGGGACUGGGGCAGGGCCUUCACCGUUCCCAUCAUGGAAGCCACUUCUUCCUUCAAUCCUGCCACUUUUCAGUCACUGCUGAUCCCCAAGGACAACCGGCCACUGGAGGUGGGCCUCCUGCACAAGGUCAAAGAACUGCUGGCAGAGGUGGAUGCCCGGACGCUGGCCCAACAUGUCACCAAAGUUGACUGCCUGGUUGCUAGGAUAUUGGGCGUUACCAAGGAGAUGCAGACCCUGAUGGGCGUCCGCUGGGGCAUGGAGCUGCUCACCCUUCCCCAUGGCCGGCAGCUAAGACUAGACCUGCUGGAAAGGUUCCACACCAUGUCUAUUAUGCUGGCGGUGGACAUCCUGGGCUGCACGGGCUCCGCCGAGGAGCGGGCGGCGCUGCUGCACAAGACCAUCCAGCUGGCGGCCGAGCUGCGGGGGACCAUGGGCAACAUGUUCAGCUUCGCUGCGGUCAUGGGCGCCCUGGACAUGGCUCAGAUUGCCCGGCUGGAGCAGACGUGGGUGACCCUACGGCAGCGACACACAGAGGGUGCCAUCCUGUAUGAGAAAAAGCUCAAGCCAUUUCUCAAGAGCCUCAACGAGGGCAAAGAAGGCCCGCCGCUGAGCAACACCACGUUUCCUCAUGUGCUGCCACUCAUCACCCUGCUGGAGUGUGACUCAGCCCCUGCCGAAGGCCCUGAGCCCUGGGGCAGCACGGAGCAUGGUGUGGAGGUGGUGCUGGCCCACCUGGAGGCUGCCCGCACAGUGGCGCACCACGGAGGCCUGUACCACACGAAUGCCGAGGUCAAGCUGCAGGGGUUCCAGGCCCGGCCAGAGCUCCUGGAGGUCUUCAGCACCGAGUUCCAGAUGCGCCUUCUCUGGGGCAGCCAGGGUGCCAGCAGCAGCCAGACCCGGCGCUACGAGACGUUCGACAAGGUCCUCACUGCCCUGUCCUACAAACUGGAACCUGCCGUCCGCUCCAGCGAGCUGUGACCUGCAGGGAUCUUCCCUCUCUGCAGCUGUGGGCAGCAUCGGGGCAGAGGGGCACAGACCUUUCCCCAGAUCACCCCAGGGACACUGUGAUCAGCCUGAGAAUGUUCUGGGUUCAACUCCAGGAUCUCCCUUGCACCUCCAGGGUCCUGCAUGGACUGUGGGCUUCAUUUCACCUGCUACAUGCUCACUGAGGCUCCCUUUGGAAAGAACCGGAACCCCUGUUCCUUGUACCAGCUUCUGCUUCUCCCCUUCCUGCUGAGGUUCCCUGUCCUCAAGCCAUGGGAUGCUCCUCAUGCCUCCUCACACUUCUCCAGCCAUCUGGUCCACCACCACCACCUUGCUGUAAAUAAGUCUGUCUGUUCUGUAAAUAUAUGUACAGAAGCCACAUUCUUUCUUUCAUAUAAUAAACUUUUAUGACUCUUU